AAAUGGUUCCUUCCGAUGGCUAUAUAUUCAAUGAGAGGCCUUCGCCUUUCCCGUGCUGCUUUCGGUUGCUAAGGAGACACGGUGUGCAGCUGGAGCGAGGAUGACGACCGUGUCCCAGUGAGGUUGGACGGGUCAGUCUGGCUGGUUGAGGUGCGGAGGGGACACCACAUACCUCGCCAGGAGUCUGACGGACUAACAAACACCCCCGUCCCCUUUCUGUUCUUCCUCCUCCCUUCCUCUUUCCACGGGCAAAAUCGUCAUGGUGACGCUCAUCACAGAGCAACUCCGCAAACAGAGUCUGGAGGAACCCCCUUACCGCCGGGCUUUCUCUCUCGAUGUGUCAAUGCCUGAAGUGGGUUCCAGCCCCCCGUUGUGUUGGAGUGGGUAUGGGUUAACUCCAGAGAGCAGUUGGUCUGUGUUCCCAUCCUCCAAGAACCACCUGCAGGAUGCCUCCUUCCUGGGCCCCCUGGGAACACCUCUCCCUCUUCCCAGUACCUCUUUGACAGACCUGUCCCUUCAGAGCUCCCCGCCGCCUCCGCCACCUCCCCCAAAACGCCACUGCCGCUCCCUGUCUGUCCCCGAGGACCUGUCCCGCUGCCGCACUCCCUGGCGCCCCAGCGCCUCCAAAAUCUGGACCCCCGUUAAACGGCGUUGCCACAGUGGAGGGGGUGUGUCUGGCCCGGGGAUUGGCUCGGUCGGUUCGGUACCGCUCCUAGGUCUCAGCUCCUCGCUCACCUCCUCGCUGCGUUCCUCCUCCAGCCCUACGUUCUUCAGCCUUGCCCUGUCCCCUGACUCCCCUCUUCCCUGGAGCUUUCCCUUGGACCAGGCCGACACCCCCAGGGUGUGCUGCUCUGGUUUCUUUCCCACCCCUUCCUCCUGCUCCUCCUCUCCUGCGCCGUUCGGUUCCUGUCGGCCACUGCAACGACGCCGCUUCUCCCUGUCCCCGGUGCACAUGCUGCCCCCCCGGCCCUCUCCGGCCCCAGUCCCCCGCUACCCCGGGACGGAGACCCCGGUCCCCUCCCCCUCUCCCUCCUCUGCCUGUAGUACCCCGUCGUCCUCGAGACGCGUCCUUCCCCCGUGUCUCCCACGCUGCCACUCUCAGCCCUGUGACAUGCGUAAGCCUGGCUUGAAGAGGCGUCACGAGCAGGACACGCUGCCCUAUUGCGCCAGGCCUGGCUUGGACUUCAGCAAGAUGACUCAGAUUGGCAGUGGGGAGCCCCUGGUGUGUGCAACAGCUGUCUGCAUGAGUCUGGAACCUGGUCCGGGGGACUUCAGAGGAUCUUUCUGCCAGGGAGACCUCCUGGGAAGAACCAGCAUUGGACCACUGAGUGAAAGUGAAGAGGAAGAGGAGGAGGAGGAGGAAGAAAACAAUACGGGUGUGUUAGAGGCUGGACAGCAGAGUGUGUUUGAAAGAGACUGCACAGAACUGGACUUGAACCUCAUUGAGGAGAAUUGAAAGAGUACCCUGUGAUUGGCUGCAUUCAUCUUCAUACACACACACACUCCCCUGGCUGAGACUUCAGGAUCCUGCUGCCUUCCUAGGGUCAGACCAGGGGCCCUUCAUAUCACUGGCUGACUGUAGAAUAACAAAGAUCAAUAUUGUCAUUAUUGUAAUGCUAGGGCAAUUUUGACAGGCUCUCAUUCAGUAUUUCAGGUUGAUUAAUGUUUAUAAUCAGUAAGACAAUUGAGAUGGCUGAUAAUGAUUCAUAACAAGCGCUUUUUAAUCUAUGUAGUUGGUAAUGUACAACUACAAUUAUAACAUUAUAAUGCAGAUUGGUUGUGAUGGAUGCUUCUGUCAGCAAAAUACAUUCCAGAACGUAUAGCCAGGUGAGUUGAAGUCCUCUCUGUAAAUGUACACAAGCAGAAGCCUGCAUGGGUGUGGUUCUACUUCCCUCCCUGAUGUGGUUACUUUGGCCCCGUGGAAGAUUCACACACUUAAAGGGAAAUGAGAGGGCCCAUUUUCUUUGCACAUAGCAGGCUUUAGCUGAGUUCAUUCGUUCUCCAACGCAGUUAUUCACUGAUGAAUUCAAUAUUGUGCAUUAAUCAUGCCUUAAGCUGAGUGUAAGUUGUUGCUGUUCUACUGGUUUUUGUUAAUGACAUCCAGCUGUUUUCUUGGUCUCCUGUAGAAAUGGAACCUACAUAAUAAAUUCUGUAGUCUCUCCUU